AUGGGGAUAAAAUACGUUCUACUGGUUAGUAGACAAGGAAAAGUAAGACUUGCAAAAUGGUUCAAUACACUUUCACCAAAAGAAAAACAAAAAAUCAUUAAAGAAGUGACACAAAUGGUACUUUCACGACGUACUAAAAUGUGUAAUUUUUUAGAAUAUAAAGGAAUUUCAGCUUCAGAUAAUGAACUUAUAACACUUGAGAUUAUUCAUCGAUACGUUGAAAUUUUAGAUAGAUAUUUUGGCAACGUUUGUGAAUUGGAUCUAAUCUUUAAUUUCCAAAAGGCAUACUAUGUUUUAGAUGAGUUGAUUAUUGCGGGUGAAAUGCAAGAAUCAAGCAAAAAGGCAGUAUUGCGUGUAGUUAAUCAACAAGAUUCGUUGGAAGAAGGCGAAAAUGGAGAGAAAGGAUGGCCAGAAAAGUCAUAA